AUGGAGGCCUGGAUGAUGAAACCGAUCACAUUUUCAGCAAAGGAUGUCCCGAUGAAUGGUCAAUCACACGGUGAGCCUCUAGUCAUCACUUUGCUAAUCGAAGAAUGGGGUGUGAAAAGAAUGUUAGUAUAUAGCGGAAGUUAUGCUGCAGUCCUCUUAUAUGACACGUUCAAAAGGAUGGAACUAUCAUAUGAUAUCCUGAUCCCUUCGACCUAUAAAAUCUAUGGUUUUAAUGGGACGGUGACAAUACCAAAGGGAGAGGUUACACUUAGGGUCUCGGACAGAGAAGGUUACCUUGAUACCCUCACUACCUUCUGUGUAGUCGAUAUCGUGUCACGAUAUGAAGCGAUCACCGGGAGACCCUGGAUCGCGGGCAUCAAAGGAGUAGUAUCAUCCUACCACCAAAGACUGAGAUUUCCUACCUACAUAGGCGUGGUGGAAGUCUUGGGAGAUCCACAGGCCGCAAGGCAGUGCAUACAAGUGGAUAUUCAGCAAAAUGAAGACAAGCGAGCUCGGUUGCGACGAGAAAAUAACAAGGCUAAGGAGAUUAAGGUCGGGCUAUAA